GUGUCUGUCCGUGCGUGGAGGUCAAACGAAGGAGGAAUGGGGUUAUAGGGGAUGGGCAUUGACACCGGUCACCGGGCACUACGUAGAGGCUCAGCUCCACACUGACACUGGUGCAUUGAGAUAAGAGGCUCAAGAUUUUUAUAGGUGUUCAGUCAAGUGAAAUUAAGGACCUCAAAGUCGCUAGCUGUCAGUCCACUCGUCAUCUCGUUGCGCUGAGGGCGGCGGCCAUGGAUGAUCUGUUCCCGGCGGUGCGCUCCGUCGCCACGGGCCUGCUCUACGACGAGGAGCUGAUGCUGCAGCACCGCUGUCUCUGGGACCCCGAGUUCGAGGAGUGUCCCGAGCGGCUGCGGUCUGUCCUGGGAAGGUGUCGGGAGCUCGGUCUGAUGGAGCGCUGUGAACGCCUCCCGUGCCGGCCGGCCACCGAGGCCGAGCUGCUCAUGUUUCACACGCAGAGCCAUCUGUCGACGGCCGCCGGAACCAGUGGUUGUCGCGACGUCGAGGCGCUGCAACAGCUCUCGUCCAAGUACGACACCGUCUUCUUUCACCCGUCCACGUACAAGGCUGCGCUGCUGUCUGCCGGCUCCACGCUGAGUCUGGUGGAUGCCGUCAUUGACGGCACAGUCAGAAACGGGAUGGCGAUUAUCAGGCCACCGGGCCACCACGCGGGGCCCUCUGAGUUCAACGGCUACUGCUACUUCAACAACGUGGCGCUGGCAGCACUGCGCGCGGCCCAGCGUCGGCUCAAGGUGCUCAUUGUGGACUGGGACGUCCACCACGGCCAGGGCACCCAGCGCGCCUUCUAUGACGACGACAGGGUGAUGUACUUUUCCGUGCACCGAUACGAGCACGGUGAGUUCUGGCCCGGCCUGCGGGAAGGAGAGUACGACUGCGUGGGCGACGGCCCCGGCCUGGGUCUGAACUGGAACGUGCCUCUCAAUGGCACCGGCAUGGAGGACCAGGACUACCUGGCCAUCUGGCACAGACUACUGCUGCCCGCCGCUUAUGAGUUUGCGCCGGAUGUUGUGCUGGUCUCGGCUGGGUACGACGCGGCAAUCGGAUGUCCCCAGGGUGAGAUGCGGGUAUCGCCGGCCUGUUUCGCGCACCUGACUCACUCUCUGAUGAGCCUGGCGUCUGGCCGGCUGGCCGUCGUUCUGGAGGGCGGCUACUGCCUGUCCUCGCUGGCCGAGUCGGCCGCGCUCACCCUGCGCGCGCUGCUGGGUGACCCGCCGCCGCCGCUACCGGCCCUGCUGCCGCCCUGCGACAGUGUGGAGGAGACCAUUCUGAACGUGGUGUCUUCCCAGCGGCGCAGCUGGGGCUUCCUGACGCUGUACGACACGUACCACCCGGCCCCGGGCGGGGGCGGCGGCGGGGGCGGCGCGUCGGCGGCCCCCGACCAGCACAUACCGGUGGUGGAGUACCGCGGCGACCCGCCGCCCGCCGACGCCACCUACCCCACGAUCGGCGCGUGUCCCGUACAGAGCGAGGAGGAGAAGGAGCGCUACCGGCGGGAGCUCGACCAGCUCAGAGAGGAUACCGACCUAACUGUGGCCCCGUGUCGUCUGGUGGUGGCCAAAACGCACCACCAUCAUCCCAACCCCAUGAACGGUGUGAUCCGCUCCGAGUCUGUGGCGGCGCUCAUGCAGGGCUGCCUGGAGGUCGGCGGCGGAGCAGACGCCUGUCAGGAAGAUGGAAUCACUGAGGCCAUUGACGCCGUGCUGGAAGAUCGGGCCGUGGCCGGCUUCUGUGCCUGUAUCGAGCCGGACGGACCGGCCGCGGCGCGACACGCGCUCUCCCGCUGUCAGCGCCUCCUGGUGGUCGACUGGAGAGACUCGCCACUCUGCGUGGCUCCCGACUGGGGUCUGAUGGUGCCCUGUCCCUCGGACGCCGAGGCCGUGGUUCUGACCAUCUCUGGCGGCGGCUGUGAGGUGGUGAACCUGCACCACGAUCAGAAGACCACCGCCGAACUGUCGCCGACCGUCGAGCCGCUGCUCUCGUGGGCGGGCGCGGACCGGAUCCGCACGCCGCUGAUGCUGGAGUCGCCGUCCCCGGACGUCAGCUGGGAGUCCGGCGAGGCUGUGGCGCUGCUGACGCAGCUGCUGCUGCCGCUGGCCUACCAGCUGUGCCCGCAGCUGGUGCUGCUGCUGGCCCCGGCCGUGCCGCCGGAGUCGGCCGCGCUGGCGGAGCACGUCACCCACCACCUCCGCGCGCUGGCCGGCGGCCGGCUGGUGGUGGUCGGCUCGGACGCCUGUCUGCCGCCGCUGCUGGGCCGGCCGCCGCGGCCGCUGCCGCCGCUCGGCGCGCCAUCUCUCGCCGCGCUGGCGAACCUGCGCCGCGCGCUGCGCCGCCAGAGGCAGCACUGGCCGGCACUGGCCGAGAUGAAGAGGGUGCCUGAGACAGCGCUGGAGGGGAGGAAGCCCUCCACCUACGAGCCCUUCCACUGAGCUCCGGCAGAGCGAUGGGCACAGGCUGACGGUUUCGAGGCAGGAUGAUUGUGCUGGGAACCUUGUGCCGCGUGCCGGGGAGAGUGGAAAAUAACUUGCCAUAUUUCCUUUUGAUAUUAUAUACUGCAUGAUAAAUAUUUACUCGAGCAGUUCCGAUGCAAUGCAAUAUGUUUUGUUCCAAUUCUCCAUGCAUUUGUCUCGUCAACUAUGUGCUUUCAAUGUUUGGACCAAUAUGGAUGUAUGCUUGCUAAAUCUAUUUGCGAUGUACCAUGCGCGGUCAAUAAUGGCCGACAAAUAAUUAUGCCAAUCAUGCGCAAGUACUUAAAACCAUUGCGGGUAUUGUAUGUAAUUUCCCAGCCCCGGUCGGGAAUAUAUGUAUAUUGCAAGCGAAUGGUAGCGUUGUAAGAUCGUUGUGCUGGUAGUUAUGAGAAUGGCAUGCUUAGGCGCCAUUCGAUUUAUAGGCGUCAGUAGGAUUAAUGCUAAUGCUAAUGCUAACAUUUGCUUUUGUAGAGCUUGAGUUGUGUACUAAGGCUGUGUGGUUUUGGGUUGUUGGAUUCCUUUGUGAACGAGUGUGCUUCGUUUUAAGGAGGUUUAUUGAAGUGUUUGUUCUCUAUUCCCGGUAAGUGCCGUUUCUUUUUAACGUUCCUACGCCCAGUCGUAUAACAUUGUGUUCAUAGGAUAACGUAGUCUAGUCUGUAAAAAGACAGUUUCUCCCAAAAAGACAAGUUUCUAUACUAUGCCGAUGCUCCUUUUGCGUGCCUAUCGGAUUAUUUUCUCGAGUAUUCACAUGUUUGAUAUUGUUUUGUCGAGUCCCGUCAUGCUGGUACUUUUACGUCUGUCCGCAUUGGGCAUUAGGUUCCUCGGGCUAUUGAGUGAACGUUUUUGAUAGAUUGUGCUGUAACUACAAAGACAGAAUAGCGAUUCUUUUCCACGAAAAUCGUGCCUCGACGUUCUUUUGACAAUUAUUUCCGAUGUCCAAUGACUAGUGUUCCAUCUGCAAUCAGAGCGAACGAUAAUCAAACGAAGCCGCUCAAAUAUUGAACCCCGCCGAAGUUUUCCUGAUAAUGUAUGCGUGUUUAUCGUUCCUAUGCUGCAGACAUUUGUCUCCGCGUCAAUGUCUUCAGAAUUCAGCUUCGUCACACGUCAUCUUGUCACGUACGCAGAGUCCCGAGCCCAGAGUGCGAUGCAUUUUGUUGACAUUUGUUACUCCGAUGUAUAUCUAUUAUCUACCGCUGAAUGGUAUUCCGAUGUUACCGAUCUUAUUCUGAUGAGAGUUUGAGCCAGUCCGAGACUCCGAUGAGUCCAUGAUCAUCAGAAGCCAGAUUGACGCAAACUGGUGUGCCAGUGAGACGCCAGUCGCCGGCUUGAUGUGCCAUUGUUGACGUCAGUUUCGGAAUACACAGCAAGCUGCUUUA